AUGUUUCUUGCGUUGACCCUGAUGUUGCUCUCUCUUAUAUUGAUGAGAAGCUCGAGAAUGUAUUGGGACAUUUUCAGAAAGAUUUUGAAGGUGGAGUUUCUGCUGAGAAUUUGGUAUGGUGGCUAUGGUUCGUUUUUGUCUAUGUAUCAAAGAUCUCCUGUUUGUAAGAGUCCACCACCACAAGGUCAACACCAGGUGGUGAGCGGAUCUAAAUGCUCAGCUUCAUCGGCUGUUCCUCAAGUAUCAGUAUCUGGUUCCACUUCUAAAGCUCCUCCUGCUUCCGAUGUUUUGGUCAAAUCAAGUAAUAUAGGGACAUCUGAUAGCAAACCAAAAUCUGCCACUAAACCUUCUUCUUCUGGUCCAUUGAAUCAUAAGACAUUCAGACUCCGUAUUAAAGUUGGUUCAAGUGACCUCUCCUCACCUAAAAACGUUUCAACCUAUAAUAGUAAACAAGGCUUCAAUACGCCACCAUCAACUUCAGAAGGUGAAGAAGGGUUACUUAAUGGGAUUCAUGAUUCGCCCACUAAAAUUCUUAUGGCUAUCGUGUCGUUCCCUUUGCAUAAAGAUCAGCUUUUAUCACCUCUCUCUGAUGAUCUCAUUCAGUUGGGAAAGAAAGAAAAGAUCAUAACAGAUUCUGGAUAUGUUUCUGUCAACAAGUCAGACUCAAAGCCUGAACUGGAAAAGGUUAGUAAGAGUGAGACAAGGAAUGAAGACCAGAUAUUGAAGUCAGAGCUGCCUGAAGCACAUAAGUCACAAAAAGGUUCUAGCAGGAAUAGUUUGAGAGGCAAGGACACUGCUGUAAAUAUAAGUAAUACGGCUGUAGUAGAUAAAUAUCAAGAAGAUAUUGGAGGAUCCGAAGAUGUGUGUGAAGGACUCGUUGGUGAUUCAGGAGAAUCAAAAGAACAAGAACAAAGUAGCCUGGUUAUUGAAGCUAAGAAAGAAAAGCUUUCAGAAGAAAAUGCAUUGAAGGAGAGUUUAGACAGUGUUCAAAGUGAUGAAGAGGCAUGUAAGCAUCUUCCUUUGGGAGUGGGAUCUGAAAGAGAACUUUCUGGGACUUGUAAGAAACCAAAGACUGGAAAAUCACGUUUCUCUUCUGUAGAUCAACCUGGAUCCAACAAAACUCUGGACGGCGUUAAUAAAACUAUGAUUACUCAAGCCUCAGCCCAUAAACUGAAGGAUAUUGCCAAGGCUUCCUCGCAUGAUGGACAUGAAGACAGAAAGAGGAAACAGGAGGAAAAUAAAGCAAGUGGAGAUUGUAUGAGACUUAGAGAAGCUGCAGCAAUGGAGUCAGCUGUAGAGAAAGUUAGAAAGAAAAAGAGGCUUAAGGGUUCAAGUUGUGAUAAGGACAGAGGAAGUAGUCAGGAAAAUGGUAGAGAUAGUGCUUCUCACCUACCUAUUAGGGCGUCGUCUCCAAGUUUAUUAUGUAAGGAUUUGAGCUCUGAAAUUAUCAAAACUAAUGUCCAUGAAGUCAAAGGUUCGCUAGUUGACACACCAGCCCCUUCAGCCUUAGACCCACUUGAGCCUAAACCAGGAAGAAACUCAGAAGGGGAUGAACACCAUGACAUUGACUUUAGUGCUGGUGAUGCGUUAAAAAGAUGCCGAGAUGGUCAAGGUUAUAGCACUAUGGAUAACCCAGGGACAACAAAGGAGGGUGCACAAAGUUCCAAAGACACUGCUGUUGAAGUAAAGACAAAAGAAAGUAGAAGCAAGAAAAUACCUACUAGAAAAGUGUCUAGGGAGAGUAAUAAAGAAGGCUCAAAGGAAUAUCAAGAUCCUGAUACUAAGCUAGAUACAAAUGGUAGUCAUUUUCAUUCUCCACAGAACUCUGACAAAGCAAAAACUAUUCGUGGGAAGAGCAACCACUUGGAAGUGACAGCUGAGAAAGUAAAGAAUAAACCAUCUCCACCAGUUGAAGUCUUGGGGCACGGCACUGAGAUAUCAAAUACAAAGGAACAGAUGAUGAGAAAUGAUAAUCACAGUUCACUAAACCAAAAGCAGAAUGGAAGUACGCAUAAGGAUGAUGAUGUUGGCUCAAGCCCUUUGAAAAAGGAAUCCACGUGUCAGACUGCCUCCAACUCAAUCAAAGAGGCUACAGAUUUGAAACACAUGGCUGAUCGUCUUAAGAAUGUUGUGUCCAAUCAAGAGAGCACUAGUGUUUACUUUCAGGCCGCGCUUAAAUUUCUUCAUGGUGCUUCUCUUUUGGAGUCCUCUGGUAGCAUUGCCAGAUCCAAUGAUAUUUAUGGCAGCACAUCAAAACUUUGCGAGUUCUGUGCUCAUGAAUAUGAGAAAAAUAAAGAUAUGGGGGCAGCUGCUCUUGCUUAUAAAUGUAUGGAAGUAGCAUAUCUGAGGAUAACUUAUUCCUCCCAUGGAAACAUAAACAGAUACCGGUCUGAGUUGCAAGCAGCUCUGCAAGAGAUUCCUUCAGGUGGAUCUCCAUCCUUUGCUUCUGAUGGUGAAAAUCCAAACCAGACAUUGGCAGCAGAGAAGGCUGCCUUGUCCAACACUGUGAGGUCAUCUCCUAGAGUAACCGGAAAUCAUGUUCUCUCUUCAGGAAACAACUUCUCUCUUUCACAGCUUUUGUCAUUUUCACAAAACGUAAGCUAUGCUAUGGACGCAUCAAGAAAAGCACAGACAGCGUUUGCAAUUGCAAAGGGAAUAUCGUCUGGCACUCGAUACAGUAGUAAUGGCAUAGCAUCCAUCAAAAGGGCUCUUGAUUUCGAUUUUCAGGACAUGGAGAAACUGUUGCGUGUGGUGAGGCUUGCAAUGGAAUCCAUAAACAUGUGAUAAUGAAUUAUGAUCCUACCAUGUAAAAGUUAAGUUUAUCACCACAGACCAUACUCACUGGCAGUGAGUCACUGCAGAGAAGACAAGGGGGAAGCUGACCGUUGAGUUUUGCUUGGAUAAUUGAAGACUGUAUAAACUUAUUUCACUUCUAAAGUGUAUAGUGUUGGGACCUUUGAGUGUUGUAGCGUAUAGUAUAUACAUAGUGUAAGACAACUUUAGGAAAGGGUUAAUGAUAGUCUUCAAAAUGACUGGAAGGAAAAUUACUCUGGCUUUUUAGCAAUUGUUUCUUGAAUCAAAGGGUUUUUUUCUAUU